AUACAGAAACAUGUAUUUUUUAAUUGAAACAUUUUAGUCACUUUGGAAACAACAAAUUCCCCGCAGUCAAAAAUAUGUUCGUCGCGGAUUACUUCGUCGUUACGUAUUUUAACAAAUGAACGUUUAAAAUAGAGCACAUUUUAUAAACAAUUGUGAUAUAUUAAAUGAUUAUUUAAUAAAUAAAUAUUAUUUAUAAGCUUGUAAAUGAUAUAUUAUAAAAAAUACUGACUUGCGUUUAUGUCAUAAUUAGUAGAAAAAAUAGUUAUUAAGGUCGAACCAGUUCCCGCCAAAAAGGUGUAUAAAUAUUUCCGUUUAACCAUGGCCAUACGUUUACAUAUAAAUCAUGAUUUAUCCGAAGUAAAAGAGAAUGUUUUACAUUUAAUGCCAUGCAAAAUUUAUGGAGACGAAUCUGCUAAUGUUUCUUCUUAUUUUACUCCUUAUAUCCGUAACAUAGACGGCGAACACUAUAAUGCAUCCUUUCGUGGACAUCCGCUGCAAGGGAAAAAGAUAGUAAUACCUUCUGGAUAUAAAGGUCUUACGUUUCUUGAACAGAAAAAAUCGGAGAGAGAAAAUGUAGAACGGAAUUUAUAUUCUACAGGAACUUUUUCAUGUUUCACUUAUUGGAAUUAUGAUAAACUUCCAUCCAAAAAUGAUGCUUUAGCAGCAGCAAUGGAUUGGAUUGAUAUUGCUGAAGCACUACAUUCAACAAAAUCAUAAGUAAAAACAGAAAUCUUAACAUAAAAAUAUAAAGUAUUGUUACAUGAUUAACUAAACAAUGAUUUUUCUAUUCUAAUACAAAGAUUAAAAUAAAUAUUUUGUACAUUUUACAUACAUUAUAGUUUAUUAACCAUAUUUUAUUAUAAUAGGCAUAUAGUCUUGUUAUACAUAACAUAUUGUAAACAUCAAAAAUGAUUUUUGGUUUAAUUAGGAAAGCUGUUUCAAAAAUGUGCAGUCUUUUAUAGGGUAAAUAGUACACUUGUAAUUCAUUUUCUUACUUUUAUAAAUGUAUAAAAGUUUCAAUGAAGAUGAAAGCAUUUACUACCCCUUUAGCACAGAAGAAUUCUUGUUAUCCAUAAUACCACUAAUUAUACUAUAUAUUAUUUUUAAUACUGGUUUAAUGACAUCAGAGAAAUAGAAUAUUAGAUAUAAUGUAAUAAUGAAUGAAAUGUGGUCCUUAGUAAAAGCUGUGUUCAGAGUGACAUUAAUAUGCAGUUGUUUUAUAGUUAUAUUUGUAUAAAAUUCAUAUAAAAUGCUUUCUUGAAACUAUGUAACCUAUA